CAAAAGAAAAUGUGAUGAGUCGUUUCUCAAUUUACUGGCCCUGUCUUUUGCGUCUUGUAUUAAUAGGUAUACGUUGCAUCGACCACGUCGAAGUUUCUUGUGAAAUUAAAUUCCCCAUAAAUUUGGUUUCACAAGAGCUUUUUUUUUCCUCUUCUUCUUGUUCAUGCCAAGAAUCGCAUCCCCUAAUUUCGUCCAAAGAUUAAGGGUUAGGGUUCUACGAUCAAGAAACACGUUAUCAUCUCUGUUGGGUUCUUGAAUUAUAAGAAAUUGAAUGUGAAGAUGGGUAAGGGCAAAGAGAAAUUGACUGGUAAUGGGUCAAGGGAGGAUAAUGAAUUAUUGUCUCCUUCCAAGGAAGGGAAAGGAAAGAGAUUAUGGAAGAAAGUGAAGUACCAGCUUGUGGAGUAUCAUUCAUUGCCUGGGUAUUUGAAAGACAACGAAUACAUUCUGGGUCAUUACCGGGCCGAAUGGCCAUUGAAGCAAGCAUUGCUCAGCAUCUUCACAAUUCACAAUGAGACCCUCAAUGUUUGGACGCAUUUGAUAGGGUUCUUCCUCUUCCUUGCGCUCACAAUUUAUACUGCAACCAAAGUUCCCAAGGUUGUAGAUCUACAUUCCUUACAGAAUCUGCCUGAUGUGCUAAGGAAGGCUGAUUUGCACAAAUUACAAGCAGAACUUUUAACUUGUCUUCCUUCUUUGCCGUAUAUGCCUGAUUUGCACAAACUUCGAGAUGGUUUGCUACGUUCACCCUCUAAUUGGCAUAUUAUUGACCUCCUGCACAACUGUCUGCCUGAGCGAUUUUCCCACAGCAACCAUACAGAUGUUUGUGUACUGCGGAGUGUAAAAGAAGAUGUGGCAAAUAUAUUAGCACCAUUGCUGGUGAGACCAAUAACUCGCUGGCCAUUCUAUGCCUUCCUUGGUGGGGCAAUGUUUUGUUUGUUAGCAAGCAGCACAUGUCAUUUACUUUCUUGCCAUUCAGAGCGUUUAUCAUACAUCAUGUUGAGGCUCGACUAUGCUGGUAUCGCUGCCCUGAUAUCAACUUCAUUUUACCCUCCGGUCUAUUAUUCCUUCAUGUGUUACCCCUUCUUUUGCAAUCUGUACCUGGGAUUUAUUACCCUCCUGGGAAUUGGCACAAUCUUGGGUUCCCUACUUCCUGUGUUCCAGACUCCCGAAUAUCGAGUUAUUCGAGCAUCUCUAUUCUUUGGAAUGGGCCUGUCAGGUGCGGUACCUAUUCUGCACAAGCUGGUUUUGUUUUGGCACCAACCUGAGGCACUUCAUACGACUGGAUAUGAACUUUUGAUGGGCAUAUUUUACGGCAUUGGAGCACUGGUAUAUGCCAUGAGAGUUCCAGAAAGAUGGAUGCCUGGGAAGUUUGACAUUGCUGGCCACAGCCACCAACUAUUUCAUGUACUCGUGGUGGCAGGGGCUUAUACGCAUUACCGCGCUGGAUUGGUUUAUCUGAGGUGGCGGGACCUGCAAGGGUGCUAAGAUCCACUCAAAAACUGAUAAGUCAGUGAGAAUUCUUAGUUCAAUUGUACGUAAACGUAGAGAAGAUGUUUCGUUUGUCCAUCUUCGUUAAUAAAUGUUCCAUUUAGAAAGAUUGAUCCUCUAGACUCUAGUACAGUAUAUGAUCAGUCUCAAUAUGUACUAGUGUAUUAUGUUUGGUAUGAUCUGUAUUUAAGUUUUUUAGAGAAUCAUCUGGAGGAAUAAAAUUAGAUUUACUUGGACCAAAAAA